GGAGGCUGGCUUGACUGCAAGUCUCGAACUGGAGGCUGGCUUGACACAAGUGUAGAAACUGUAAUCUGAAGGAAAAAAAAUGAGUCUUUUCUCUAACCAAUUAAUUCCAGUAAUAAUAAUUUUAGCUAUUUUACUAAUUGUGUUCCUGUUACUUCAUAAAUUACAUAGCGAUGGAGUCUAUCCAUUUAGAAAGUGUGGGAAAUCAGAAAAAAAAAACUGGCUUCCAAUCAGCAACAAGUGGAAAGACAAACUGGAGAAACUUGUUGGCUCAGAUGACAGUAAAAUAUCCAGAAUCAGAAGCAUUAUUUAUGUGAAUGAUGAAGAAUUCAGAAUAGCGGAGGGAAGCGAUGGUACUGAAGUCUUCUUGGGGCUGAGAGAGGACGGCACAGAAGUUGCCAUUAAGAGAAUGUCUAAAAGCAACUACGACGUGCUGAAGAACGAAGAAGGAAUCCUACGACUUCCUGAACUCGAUCAUCCUUAUAUCGUACGAUAUGUUGAUGCUACAGAGGACGAGAACUUUGGAUAUCUUUGUCUGCAACUUUGUGAAUACACCUUGGAAGAAUAUAUCAGCAACAAUGACCAUGACCCAGUGAUGUUAAAGAAACUUGUCAGACAAAUUCUUGAAAGUCUAAAGGUGCUUCACUGUCAAAAUCCUAAAAUUCUUCAUCGAGAUCUCAAACCCCAGAACGUUUUGAUUGAUGUUACUGGGAGGGCAAGAUUAGCUGAUUUUGGCAUAAGCAGACGCUUACCCAAAGACCAAACAACUUUACGUACACACAGUGCAGGAACCAGAUGCUGGAUGGCCCGAGAGACUUUAGCAGAAGAAUCUGUCAUAUCAUACAAGUCAAGCACUGACAUCCAGGUGGCAGGUAUGCUGAUUUAUUAUAUCCUCUCUGGAGGCCACCAUCCAUUUGGCAAAUCUUAUGAAUGCGAGAACAACAUUUACCAUGGGAAGUACAGUUUGGAUCACGUUCAAGAUGUGGUGGCAAAAGAUCUCAUCGAGUGGAUGAUCAACAAAGAACCAAAGGACAGACCCAAAGUAGGAGAAUGCUUAAACCAUCCCUUCUUCUGGAGUUCUGAAAAGCAGUUUGAAUAUUUGAGAGAGACCGGCAACAGGGAGGAGGUGGCAAACUGUCGAAAGGCCAAUGAAAAGCUGAUUGCUUCACUAGAAGCAUGUGCUAAUGGAUCCUUCAAACUCUGGAAAAAUAAGUUUCCCCAAGAGCUGGUUCAGAAGAUGGAUGGCAGAAAGCCGUACCCUGAAACCACGCUGGGAUUACUGCGCUUUAUACGCAAUUUCCAUGAGCAUUAUCGUGAGGAAGCUCCUCACAUUGACCUAUUGGUGUUAUUUCCUGAUCUCUUUGGGUGUGUUUACAAGUUUACCAAAGAUAAAGGCUGGAAUUUAGAAGGAAAGAAGGAAAUGCUUCAAAAAGAAGAAACAAAGGGCAUUUGUACUGCCUUUACAAUGAUGUCUACAAGUACGGACGACCCUCUGAGUUUCAAUAGUGACUUUAAACAAAGUUGAAUUCAAUAAGGACAAAGGAUGUCAUUAAGGACUGUACAGUAUGACAACCAUUCAGAGAAAAUGUAUAUAAGCAAAUACUAUUGUUAGAAGUACAGAUGUUAAUGAAAGCUUUGAAGGAUGCUUUAUUUUGUUCAAACAUGUGUAUAUAUACGAACACCACAGAAACCAAAGUAGCAAAAUCAAAAUGUGUUCUGCACAAUAAGCCAAAGUUUUGCGCCUGUUGUUCAUUGUGACCACUUUCCAAAUCCUGAUAGAAGGAGAGAUGUUACUUUAAGGGACCUACUAGUACUAGACUUCAGUAAUGUUAUCUGUAUAGUUUUAUAGUUAGUAGUUAAUUUAAAAUGAGCUAUUAUGGUGGGUGUAUUUGCAGAGAGAGAAGGGGGAAGACAUGAGGCAAAGGACCGCAGGUCAGACUAAAACCCGGGCUGGCCCUUCUCGGCCAUAUGACAUGUGGGCGUCUGCACGACGCGCUGAGCUAAACUGGCGCCCAAUAAAAAUCUUUUUGAACCGAAAAAAAUGGUAACACUGGCGGUACUUAUGAAUAAAUUCUUCCACUUCUGUUUUUAUAGACAGCGUUAUUCCAGAUAGGAAAAUGAUAAACCUACUUUUUCCUUUUUUUAUGUAUUUUAUUUUGGUUGUGUGAAGCAAAUACAUAGCUUAAGUAUGCAUUUUCAUUUUUGAAGAUUUAUAUAUAACAUGUCAACUGUAUACUAGUAUUAUGUACUAUGCCAACUUUUCUAUUCAUGUAUUUUGAAUUAAAGUGAAUGUCAUUGAGAAUUUACCAAAUAUAUUAGAAUUUGUAUGUUUUAUUAAAGAUUUUAUCUCAUGUUCAUAUUGUAAAAAACUGCAAAUUUAAU